UCCUCGCUCCGGGAUGAAUUAGCGGCGGGUUCUGGCCGCAGGUUGUGACCCCCGCGGAGGCCGCAGCUUGCCCACGCGCCCCCCGCGACGUCCCGCCGCGUCUCCUGCCAGUCACAGGCUGAAGGACGGAGUUGGGACUCUAUUCAGGGAAGCUGGCAACAAAGGAUGAGAUGUGUUUUCCAGAGAAAAAUUAGCUGUGAUACUUCUGAACCCAUGGGCAAUUAACACAGCAGUUUCUAGCUACUGAACGUAAUUUCUGAAAGCAGGAUUGUAAACGCUUUAGAAUCAUGGUGUCAUGGAAAGGGAUUUACUUUAUACUCACUCUGUUUUGGGGAAGCUUUUUUGGAAGCAUUUUCAUGCUGGGUCCUUUCUUACCUUUGAUGUUUGUAAACCCAUCUUGGUACCGCUGGAUCAACAACCGCCUUGUGGCAACUUGGCUCACGCUGCCUGUGGCAUUGUUGGAGACCAUGUUUGGUGUAAAAGUGAUUAUAACAGGUGAUGCGUUUGUUCCUGGAGAAAGAAGUGUCAUUAUCAUGAACCAUCGUACCAGAAUGGACUGGAUGUUCCUGUGGAAUUGUCUGAUGAGAUAUAGCUACCUCAGGCUGGAGAAAAUUUGCCUCAAAGCCAGCCUCAAAAGUGUUCCUGGAUUUGGUUGGGCCAUGCAGGCUGCUGCCUAUAUCUUCAUUCAUAGGAAGUGGAAGGAUGACAAGAGCCAUUUUGAAGACAUGGUUGAUUAUUUUUGUGAUAUCCGUGAACCACUUCAGCUCCUCAUAUUCCCAGAAGGAACUGAUCUCACAGAAAAUAGCAAGGCUCGAAGUAAUGAUUUUGCUGAAAAGAAUGGACUUCAGAAAUAUGAGUAUGUCUUACAUCCAAGAACUACAGGCUUUACUUUUGUGGUAGACCGUCUAAGAGAAGGUAGGAACCUCGAUGCUGUCCACGACAUCACCGUGGCAUAUCCCCACAACAUCCCCCAAACAGAGAAGCACCUGCUGCAUGGCAACUUUCCCAAGGAAAUCCACUUUCACGUCCACCGACAUCCGAUAGACACCCUCCCCACGUCCAAGGAAGACCUUCAGCUCUGGUGCCACAAGCGGUGGGAGGAGAAAGAAGAGAGGCUGCGGUCCUUCUAUCAGGGGGAGAAGAAUUUUUACUUUACUGGACAGAGUCUGGUUCCCCCUUGCAAGUCUGAGCUCAGGGUCCUUGUGGUCAAGCUGCUGUCUAUACUGUAUUGGACCCUGUUCAGCCCUGCCAUGUGCCUCCUCAUAUACCUGUACAGUCUUGUCCGGUGGUAUUUUAUAAUCACCAUUGUGAUCUUCGUGCUGCAAGAGAGAAUAUUUGGUGGACUGGAGAUCAUCGAACUUGCAUGUUACCGUUUUUUACACAAACAGCCACAUUUAAACUCAAAGAAAAAUGAGUAGGAUUGUAAGGCUCACAGGGCAAGAGCCAGGGGAUACUUUGGAAAUGUUCUAAGCCUUUGUAAACCGAAAUGCAUUUUUGCAUGACUGUGUCAGAUAUUUCUUACUACCAUCUGAUUUGUUAAAGAUAUUUUGCACUUAAUUUUGUGGGGAAAAUAUUGCUACACACACAAUUUUUUUUUUUUAGAUCUUGAAUGUAAUUUCGAUACUACGUAUGUAGCAGGGAGUGACUGCUGUGAAAUAACUCCAGCCAGAAUAUUAUUAAACAAUCAUCAGGCUCGUGACAGACAAGGUACACAUAAGUUUUUCUUAAAGGCCCAAACCUAUUUCCUAACGGAGUCCCCAGACCACAGGCAGAUCUGAAAUGCGUGAGCACGCAUCUCCUGGAGGCCAGCACUGUCCUCCCCAGCGCCCAGCCCCCUCCCUUGACAUCAUCCUCUUUCCUUUCUAGCCAGUUGGACCCAGCCCAUCCUUUCCUAAGAUCAGAGGCAGAACCAUCUUCUCCCUAAACACAUCAGAUGCUUUGAGAGGAAGCCCUGCGUUCUUCUUAAUACCUUGUGCUGAUGGAGCCAUCACAAGACCACCUGUGCCCUUCUCUCCUCUGGAAACUCAGACCUGGACAUGUCUCAGGGAGCAACCACAGGCUCUCCACUUUGAAACUUUAGCUUGAACUUUAAAAGAUAGGAACUGAUACAGGUUAGGUUCUUCACUUACACUCAAUCUUGCAUGCUUAGCGGUUUCCUUACAGCGUGUUGGCAGGUGUUAAAAAUGGUAUUCAUGAAGUAACAAACUUUUUUAAAGAAACACUUAGAACAUGCUGUUAUUGUAGUAAGAAACUAUCUUUUUGAGAUUUCUUUAAAACCUACCCAAAAAGGAAGAUUAUUGUGUCUUCUGUGUGUGCAUGGGUAUCUAACUUCUGCAGAGACAGCAACAGCAAAUUGCUUGUAAAAGGGGCAGCAAAUUGCUUGCAAAAAUCAUUUAUCCUAAAUGAUUCAGCCUUUGUAGCUGUGACAGAUUCUAAAACCAAAAUGGUAACCCCACAACGCAUCCUGUUUAAUGAUGUAAGGGAUCUCUCUUUCCAGCGUUAGGCUUCUUUCAGCCGCAAUAUUUAAAGCCACUUUGGACACGUUGUUCCCCCUCAGUAUUCCUGUCAUUUGGAGUCAGCGGGAAGCCCAGCGGCUCAGUAGCGCCAGUCUCCUCCUCAGCCAAAAGCAGCCUGUGGCCGGGUUUCUACUCUAGCAGAGCUGCGCACACCCUCUUCCCAUAAAAGGGAUGGUGGUCAGGGCUGCCAAACCUAAGAGGCAAUGAAGAGCCUUCAGCUGUUAGCAAACCUGUCAGCUUCACUCCCGCAUUAAGCCAACCUCCAGAGCUACUUGUUGUUGUAUGUACCCUGGGCAUGCAUCACACUUCAGUUUUUGCUUGUCAGUGACUUUUACCCAGCCAGUGGGUCCUGCCUUGCCACAGAAGGGCAACACUGGUGAGCUGAACUCCGUGAACAGAGUCAGAGAAAGCACGGCGGGGGCCGGACACUGCGACACAUCGUUUUUAUUGCAAAGCGUUAGCUAGUGCUUCUACCAGGAUGCACUGACCCACAUUUACAUGGUCUCCCCAAGCUGUUUUUAAACCUUCUGGGAGCUUACUAAUUAGUUAGUAUGCAGCUCUGCUCCCAGGCCACCCUUUUACUUAAUGGUGUUUCAGGUUUAAAAAAAAAAACAAAAACAAAACUUUUUUCCCUCCCCUUCAUAAGAGAGCUACUUUAAGUGUCCGUGAGCCUUCCCUGGGUUGUAUUUAAACACAGAAAUAGCUGAGCCAUCAGGAUAGCGUCUGUCCGGGGAAGAGGGCACAGCCAGCCUUCUCCCAGAGUGCCUGUGAUGCAGCCCCGCCCCUGCACGCUCAUGAGGCUCCUUGCUCAAGGUGUGGCCUGCCCAGCGGCCGUCCGCUGUGCCUGGGGAAGCGCCAAAGGGAACGUCAUUGUGAUCAUCUAACACGGGUCUCAGAUAAAAGAAGACCGUAUUUCACCUGCCCAGAUUCACCCUCAUAAAGCACCCAAACUGGAGGAGAUAGACCUUUUGUACUCAAAGAAUUUGAAAUGGUAACUCCAAAGAGAAGCGUCCCUCCUUUUUGUGAGUUUUGUUUUUUUAUUGGCAAUUAUUUCUUUCCCUGUGUUUUAAAGCCCUUUGCGUCUUAAAAAUUAACUGUACAGAUAAUGAUUGACCCUAGGACCCUGAAAUUGAUCCUCACGUGUCGGGUGUGAAUUCCCUUAGCUUCAAGAGUUGGGACUGGCCUCAGGAAUUACCGCGUCCACACCUUGCCCCCUGUGACUGUGGACUGAGCAAGCUCUGCUAUGUCUUGGUGCAGACAGACGUGACUCCAGCUCCACGCCUGGUCAGGCCCUCAGAGGCAGACUCUGGAUUCGUGCACAGUGCUGUCCAUCUCUGAAGUGUCCUCCGUGGGUGUGCUUCAUUUACAGUGCACAUAAAAUGCGAACCCACAGGGAGAGGCACUGAUGAGGUCACAGGUUCUCAGACCUGGCGUCUUUGUUGGAAACAAGCCCAGAUAACUCCAAAAUUCAGAGUACAUGGUCAAAGGUUUAAAAAAAAAAAAUCAGUGUUAGAACGAGUCCAUGACUUAAGAAUCCUAGUAGAAUACUUGCUUGCCUGUGAAUGCUGUGAAAACACAGGUUAGAGGGAAAGAACUUCCACUCGAGUCACUUGGAGAUGAGCGGCUCGUGUCAAAAAUCGGAUGCUGGCAGCCAUGACUGCAGGCUGCCGAGAGGGAGGCGUUCCCAAGCCCUGGCAGAGACCCUCCUGUGCACCUUUCCGGGAAGGCCGCUCACCGGGGAGCCUGUGGGGGUUCACUUGUUUACAUUUCUUUAUACGAAUAAUGUGCUCCAGUGCCUUAGUUACAGGUCCCUUUCUUCCCUUGCUCCGAGGGUUCUGCAGCGCAUUUUUUAGGUAAAGCUUCCUUUUUUGCUACUCGCUGGGAGGGCAGUGGACUCCGAACACGGGCCGCCCCGUCAGGCCCCUCUGAGAGGAGCGCUGGGGGCGAAGCGAGCGAUUGCCCCAGCGCUGCCAUUCAUGCUGUAGCAAAGGAAUGGUUUUGCCACAGGUUAGUUUCUGAUUGGCUGUGGCCCUAAAGUUGCCCUGCACCGCCCUCAAACGUGCUUUCAAAAGAGAAUCUUGGUUUUGGUAAUUGAUUUUUUUAAAAAAGAUCAUUAUGUGUAAAACAUCAAGUUGUAAAAACGACUCACGGGAUGGCCUUAGUUUUUCAGCGUCCACUGGUAUGUUUGUGAGUUGUGUUACUGUAACCUCCUACAUCCCAGAAUAAAG